AUGGGCUUUUGUGGAACCACAAAAGCUUAUUGUGGAAAAGACUGUCGAGGUGGCGCAUGUUCUUUACCAGCCCCUCCAAAUAAUGUCUAUGUCCCUGGGAUAGUAACGAACGCAUUCUUUAAUGGGAUUGUUGCUAAGUCGGCACGAAAUUGCCUUGGAAGAAGAUUUUACACACGAGAUGCCUUUCUUACUGUCAUAAAAAACUAUCCACGUUUUGGUAGAUCCGGUUCAAUCAUGGAUUCCAAGCGUGAAAUUGCGGCUUUCUUUGCUCAUGUUACAUAUUUGACUAAACAUUUUUGUUAUAUAGAAGAAAUAAAUGGUCGUUCGAAAAGCUAUUGUGAUACAGUCGACUCACAAUAUCCAUGCAACCCUAAGAAACGUUACUAUGGUAGAGGUCCAAUGCAACUUGCAUGGAACUACAACUAUGGUGCAGCCGGAAAGAGCCUUGGGUUCGAUGGGAUCAAUAACCCAGAGAUCGUGGCUACAAACCGAGUGGUUUCAUUCAAAACUGCCUUGUGGUUUUGGAUGGAAAAUGUUCAUUGGGACUUUGCUUCUGGUAAGGGGUUUGGAGCAACGAUCCAGGCCAUCAAUGGGAAUGAAUGCAAAGGUAAAAACCGAGCUGCUGUGAGAUCUCGUGUCACGUACUACGUAAAUUAUUGUAAGCAAUUUGGUGUUGCAACAGGAAGAAAUCUUUGGUGUUAG